AGCGUUAAUGUCGGAUACUGACGGUGGAAGAAAAUGUCGGCGCUCGUGAGUCUGAAGGUUUUCGUGCGGCAGCGCCUCACCGCGGCCGUGGAUGAAAUCUGCGCACAUUUAGACAAAAACAUCGGCGACUUUGAAGAGGAGAUGAAGCGGCGCGUGCUCAAAGAACUGUUCGCGGCGCGAGACGUCCAGCAGCUGCAGCAGGAGUGGUGGGCGGAGCCAGAGCGUCCCCACAUCAAAGAGGAAGUGGAGGAGAUGUGGCCCAAUCAGGAAGAGGCUGCCAUAGCUGCUGUUCCUGUGAAGAGUGAAGAAGACGAGACACCCGAGUGGACACUGGUUCAUCAUCAGAGGCUCAGUGAGGACGACAAAGAAGAACCAGGCGGAACCUCGGGUCCAGGUUCUGAGGACGAGUUGUUCAAAGUCUCUGAGACUGAAGUCAGCGUUGAUUGGACGGAGAUGACACGAAAGGAGUCACAUGGACGCUGUGAGAAAGUUCACCGCUGCUCUGAGUGCGGGAAACAGUUCAGCCAGAACUCAAACCUGAAGACUCACAUGAGGCUUCACACGGGAGAGAAACCGUUCCGCUGCUCUGUGUGCGGGAAGAGCUUCGUUCAGAAGAUUCACCUGACUCAGCACAUGCCGACUCACACGGGAGAGAAACUGUUCAGCUGCAGACUUUGUCACAAACGCUUCAUCCUUCAUUAUCAGCUACGCAAACACCUGCGCGGCUGCGGCGGCGUCUGUGGCGACGACGGCGACGACGGCGAAUCGUCACAGCUUCAUCAGAGUCACGACGACGAGAUCAGACCGGGACCAACCGGGAGCUCCGGUCCAGACGGACAUUUAGGACCGGUGAGUGAAGACGAGGCGUCUCAUUGGUCGGAGGAUGAGACGAACGUCAGCGACGAUGACAAGGCGUCGCUCGGCUGUGAUGACGUUCGCGCUCGACCGCACGGCUGCGAUGUUUGUGGGAAACGUUUCAUGUGGAGAAUCCAGCUACGAAAACAUAUGAGACUUCACUCGGGUGAGAAUCUUUGUGUCGGCGAACACGACUCCUCACAGCUUGGUGAAGGUCAAGGGUCACCGCCUGAAGUCACCAAUGAUGGCACCGUGAGAGAGGAGGGGCGGAGCAAGAAGAAACUGUUUCCCUGCUCCGAGUGCGGGAAAAUCCUGCUGUACAAAGAUUCUCUGAGGAAACAUACGCGCACGCACACUGGAGAGAAACCGUUCGGCUGCUCCGUCUGUGGACGACACUUCAGAGACAGAGGGAACCUCGGUCAGCACAUGGUCACUCACACGGGAGAGAAACGCUUCUUCUGCCACGUCUGCGGUCAGAGGUUCAGCUGGAGGAAACAGCUGAAGAAACACAAUUGUGACGCUGAGAGCAGCUCACUCAACGCUCACUGAACACUCGGUCAGAGGUCAGUGAACACUCGGUCAGAGGUCAGUGAACGUUCAGUGAACGCUCAGUCAGAGGUCAGUGAACGUUCAGUCAGAGGUCAGUGAACGUUUAGUGAACGCUCAGUCAGAGGUCAGUGAACGUUUAGUGAACGCUCAGUCAGAGGUCAGUGAACGUUUAGUGAACGCUCAGUCAGAGGUCAGCGAACACUCGGUCAGAGGUCAGUGAACGCUCAGUCAGAGGUCAGUGAACGCUCGGUCAGAGGUCAGUGAACGCUCGGUCAGAGGUCAGUGAACGUUCAGUCAGAGGUCAGUGAACGCUCGGUCAGAGGUCAGUGAACGCUCAGUCAGAGGUCAGUGAACGUUCAGUCAGAGGUCAGUGAACGUUUAGUGAACGCUCAGUCAGAGGUCAGUGAACACUCGGUCAGAGGUCAGUGAACGCUCAGUCAGAGGUCAGUGAACGUUUAGUGAACGCUCAGUCAGAGGUCAGUGACCGCUCAGUCAGAGGUCAGUGAACGUUCAGUCAGAGGUCAGUGAACGUUUAGUGAACGCUCAGUCAGAGGUCAGUGAACGUUUAGUGAACGCUCA